AUGGGUCUAUUCAAAACAUCGGAAUUUGUCGCAGAGUGCGAAAAGAGUGCCAAAAUUCUGCAAGCCUUUGUCGACAAGGGAAAGAUACCCUCAGAUGUCAUUAAAAACUCGAAAGGCAUCGCAAUAUUCACGGGCUUCCGGGCAGGCAUGUACUUUGCCGGCGCAGGCGGAUCAGGCGUCGUGAUUGCCCGACUGCCAGACGGUACAUGGUCUCCCCCCUCUGCAUUUUCUGUUCGCAGUGGCAGCGUUGGUCUUGUCUAUGGCAUCGACGUCUACGAUUGCAUAUGCGUUCUCAACACUGCCGAAGCUGUUGAUGCAUAUAGAAAAUCCGAGGUCAGCCUUGGUGGUGCAGUUGCACUUGCUGCAGGACCUCUGGGAGGAAAUGUCAAUGUCGGUGAAGUGAAACCUGUCUGGACAUACACAAAGUCGCGUGGUGUUUAUGGUGGCUUGACCGUUGAUGGGACUGUUAUCAAGGAGAAGAAAGAUGUGAAUGCUGAAUUCUAUGGACGUGAGGUCUCCUCGGCUCAGAUCCUUGAUGGUCAGGUGGAAACUGGGUGGUCUCAGAAUAUUCAGGGGCUUCUUGAAGUUGUCAAGGCUGCCGAAGGAAAGGGCACAGAGUAA